GUGGAUUUGGAGCUCAUAGCUCGAUUCUGUGGUGUUUUAGUUCACAUUUGCACUUAUUUUAUACUCAGUUGUUUCAUUAUUAAGAUCUUUAUCUGGAGAGAUCAUGAGUGGGGGAGUGUAUGGAGGAGAUGAAGUUGGAGCUCUGGUGUUUGAUAUCGGCUCGUACUCGGUGCGAGCAGGCUAUGCUGGAGAGGAUUGCCCCAAGGCUGAUUUCCCCACCGUGAUCGGGGUGACGGUGGACAGGGACGAUGGCACCACGCCGAUGGAAACGGACGGCGAGAAGGGCAAGCAAAGUGGAACUACGUAUUACAUCGACACCAACCAGCUCAGGGUGCCACGGGAAAACAUGGAGGUCAUGUCGCCUCUUAAAAAUGGCAUGAUUGAGGACUGGGACAGCUUUCAAGCCAUUCUGGACCACACCUACAAAAUGCACUUCAAAUCUGAGCCCAGUCUGCAUCCUGUACUGAUGUCAGAAGCCUCGUGGAACACGCGGGCGAAGAGGGAGAAGUUGACAGAGCUCAUGUUCGAGCAUUACAACAUUCCUGCUUUCUUCUUGUGUAAAACGGCGGUCCUGUCAGCAUUUGCCAAUGGACGAUCCACUGGUUUGGUGUUGGACAGCGGUGCCACACACACAACCGCUAUUCCAGUGCAUGAUGGUUAUGUCUUGCAGCAGGGCAUCGUGAAGUCUCCGCUUGCGGGUGAUUUUAUGAGCAUGCAGUGCAGAGAGCUGUUCCAGGAUUUAGGCGUUGAAAUAAUCCCUCCAUACAUGAUCGCAUCAAAGGAUUCAGUACGUGAAGGUGCACCAGCAAGCUGGAAGAAAAAGGAAAAACUACCUCAAGUUAAUCGUUCGUGGCAUAACUACAUGUGUAAUACUGUUAUUCAGGAUUUCCAAGCCUCCGCCCUGCAGGUUUCAGAUUCACCAUAUGAUGAACAGGUGGCUGCUCAGAUGCCCACUGUUCACUAUGAGCUUCCUAAUGGCUACAAUUGCGAUUUUGGAGCUGAAAGACUUAAGAUUCCUGAGGGGCUUUUUGAUCCGUCUAAUGCAAAGGGCCUGUCAGGAAACACCAUGCUGGGAGUGGGUCAUGUGGUGACUACCAGUGUUGGCAUGUGUGAUGUUGAUAUCCGACCGGGGCUUUAUGGGAGUGUAAUAGUUACUGGAGGAAACACUCUCAUCCAAGGAUUCACAGACAGACUGAACCGAGAACUGUCCCAGAAAACUCCGCCGAGCAUGAGGUUAAAGUUAAUAGCCAACAAUACGACUCUGGAGCGCAGGUUCAGCGCCUGGAUCGGAGGUUCAAUCCUGGCAUCGCUGGGGACAUUUCAGCAAAUGUGGAUUUCCAAACAGGAGUACGAGGAAGGAGGGAAGCAGUGUGUCGAGAGGAAGUGUCCAUGAUCACCGCCCCCAGUCUUUUUUUGCCUUUUGAUCAUUUACAGUAAACCAGUUUUUGGUAGUAAAAGCUUUCUUAGUGGACUCAGGAACCUACAGGACACUCGUACCUUCACUGUUCAAACCGUUAGCCCCGUUUUCUUAUCAAACCUGUUUAUUUUAUAACUGUAAGAACUGCCAUGGUAACUCUUUUCUAUACCCGGUGUUUUCAUGCCACGCCUGACAGACGUUUGUAUUCAGUAUUUUACCUAAUAAUCGCCAUUUAGUAUAAAGACAGACUGUGAUCCUUCAAGACCAAGACAUUUAGAGGAAAAGUUUAGGAGCACCGUGGUUCUUGUGAGCGAUUUGAUUGGCUGUGUGAAAAUAAAGAUUUUUUUUUUAUGA